AUGGAUCUGAUGAACAGGGGUGUCAAGGACUACCUCGACAAAUUUGUGAUUAUCUUCAUCGACGAUAUCCUAGUCUACUCUCAGACAGAGGCAGAACAUGAGCAACAUCUUCGCUUGGUACUUCAGAGGUUAAGGGAGGGAAAGUUGUAUGCCAAGUUCAAGAAGUAUGAGGUCUGGUUACCUCAAGUGAUCCUCCUCGGUCACAUUGCUAGCAUAGAUGGAAUUAAAGUUGAUCCGGCUAAGAUUGAGGCAAAUGCGGCCUUCAAUCAACGGCUCGAGUACAUUGUUAUUAUGAGGUCCUUCAAGCUAAAGGAGCUUCAGGAGGAGAUGGCUCAACUCAAGGAGACUAUGGUCCCAUUGGCAGAGCACUCGCUGCUCCAGAAGGAUUUGGAGGAUCUCAAGGACACUUCUGCGAAGCUGUUGGAAGAUUUCGCGAGUCAAACCCGGUUCAUGGAGAAGGCCAAAGACAAGCUGUUGGUGGAGCAUACACCUGUUCGAGAAGUCUGGGGAGAGGCCGCUAAGACCAAAGAAGAGGCUGCGCAUGCCGUAUCCCAUGCUAAGACCUUCACCGGGGAGAAUGAGAGCCUCCAACUCCAAGCAAAGGAGCUUGAGAGGGAUCUCAAUGUGAUGGCAAAUGACACCCUAUUUGUGGCAUGGCAGAGCAACAUGGAUCUAUCAUUCACAAAGGAUCCCAACAUGUGGAUGAUGCUCAAUGAGCGUCUUCGGGCUGAGGAGGCCAAGGUAGCCCAGGAAAAGGAAGUUACGGCGGCUGAUCUUGCUACAGAGGUGGAUCUUAUCAUCGAGGUGGUGGCGGAAGUUCCUCCGGGCGACGGUCCAAAGUGA